GGCUCACCCGCGCAGCUACCUCCUUGCUUCUUCUGGACCUCUAUUCUACGGAAGAGACCUUGUGAUUACUACCUGAAGAUGAGCUAUUGGGGCCAUCCCAGCUCCCAGGGGCAACCUCCAAGGAUGGUGAGGCCCCCAGGAACUUUGGCUCAUCCUGGGGCCAGCCUUCCAACCUUGAACUCUCAGGGCAUGCUGGAGCAGCUCAAGAAGCAGUUCCCCAGGUUCCCCCCUCAGUUGCCGGCACAGAUGGAGAGCAUUUACUACUUGCUCCAGAAGGUCCGACAGGGUCUGCAGGAACAUCACAGACAGGCAGAAAACUUCCUACGGAUCAUGGAGACCUGCAGCCAACCCCCGCUUGGUGAACAGGCUGACCAGAACUCCGGGGGGCCAGCCAGCCCCAAGGCUUCCCAGCACCCAGAGGUCAAGCCCCCGCAGCCCUCCAGUUUCCAGGGGCUGGACUUUGCAGACGUCAUGGCCAUGAGGUCGUCCGACUGGCUCCAGCAGCCCUCUAGAGUGGACGACACCCCAGUCCACCAGCUGGACCCGCAGCCGUCCUGGGACUCGGAGCCCCUGUUUUGGCAGGAUGUUCUGACUGAGCAACUCUGGCAGAUUUUUGCUGGGACCUGCCGUGAGGUGGACCAGCCAGGUCACAGGCUGACAGAACAGGUGCCAAGCCUGGAAAGCCAGGAGCCAGGACCACACUCCUCUGGAGUGGAACCGUGUACUAAAGAUGCUUUGGGUUCCCAAGAAGGGAGCACAAGGCCAGGCAUGGCAGCAGGGGGGAUGCUUUCCCGUGUGGCCCAGGUGCCUGCUAGGAGAGACUGUCACUUUCUGAAGCCCAUAUGCUGGGACCCUGAGGACUUCAAAGAUGCCUGGAGGCCGGAUUUCCUGCCCUGGCAUUCCAGGAAGUUGGCCACCCCGUACAGAAUGGAGAAGAAGCGGACACUGAAACAUGGGGAGCCCGUGCUGUCCAUCGCAGUCAGCAGCUUCAUGCGGCAUGCAUUCACCUGUGGCAGGGGUGGUGUCAAGGUGUGGUGUCUGGUCGGCCAGGUGGUGGAGGACAGGCUCCCUGUGAGCCACCUGCGUGUACAGACCCACGGGGCCUACCUGCGCACCUGCCUGGUGUCCUCAGACAGCACCACCCUGCUGACGGGAGGCCACAACCUGGCGGGGGUGAGUGUGUGGGACCUGAUGGCGCCCUCCCUCUAUGUGCGAGAUGAGCUACCCUGUGCAGCUCUCACCUGCCAGGCCCUGGCUGCCAAGCUGGAGGACAAGCUGGCCUUCGCCAGCUUCACUGAUGGCACCAUCAGGAUCUGGGACCUGCGGAACCAGCGUGUGGUCAGGGACCUGCCAGGACCCACAAAUGGAGCCAAGAGCAUUGCUGUCAAAGGCCAGAACAUCUGGAUGGGGGGUCUGGAUGCCUGCCUGCGGUGCUGGGACCUGAGGAAUGCUGGGGAGCCUCAGGAAUACCAAUUUGAGUCUCAGAUAAUAAGCCUAUCCCCCAGCCCUCGGGAGGACUGGGUCCUGGUGGGCACAGCCAGUGGCCAGCAGUGGCUGCAGCCCACCCGUGGGGGCCAGAAGCACAUGGUGGGCUGUAAGGACAGCCCCAUCCUCGGUCUCAAGUUCUCCCCCUUCGGCCAGUGGUGGGUGAGCGUUGGCAUGGACAACCUGGUCAGCAUCUACAGCAUGCCCACUGGGUCCAUGGUGUUUCAGGUACCCGAGACCUCUUCAGUCAUGUGCUGUGAUGUGUCCUCUAACAACCGGCUGGUCGUCACAGGGUCCAGGGACCAUGCCUCAGUGUACCAGAUCACGUACUGAGGGGCGUACCACUGUCAUCCCAACUCAGGCUCCUCCUCUUUUUCCCCCAAAGAAGGGGGCUGGUUGUGGAGGGGCGUGGUG